CUCUUACUCUCUCUCUCUCUCUCGACCUUUACUCACUCCUUUUCUUCUGGUGCUUCUCUCUUGAAUUUCCCUUCCCCUUCUCCUCUAGGGCUUGAAUACGCGUACCGCACCACAAGCAUGAGGUAGCGCAUGCGAAAUUCGACGAUCGUGGACCUCUCUAACUCCGAAGCAUGAGCCGGCCGGCAGUGCACCCGGUGGAAGCGCCGCCCCCGACCUACGGCGCCGUCCUUCCCAGAGUCCGCAUGAAGAACGUCCAGGGGACGGCCGGGACUGCCGGCAGCUUCGUGCUACGGCUCUUCCAGUUCGCUUUCGCCGCCAUCUCGGUCUGCGUCAUGGGCACCACCAGCGAUUUCGUUCAGGUCACCGCUUUCCGCUACCUUGUGAGCGCUUCUAUCUUUCAGAGUUUGUGGAGCCUCUCACUUGCUCUCAUCGAUAUAUAUGCUAUACUGGUCAAGCGAAGCUUGAGGAACACAAGACUUCUUAGAUUUCUCAUGAUCGGUGAUGCGAUAACAUCUACUCUCACAUUUGCAUCUGCAAGUGCAUCAGCUGGCAUCACAGUUCUCAUCGGCAACGACCUCAAUAAGUGUGCCGUGAAUAACUGCGCUAGAUUUCAGACUGCUACAGCAAUGGCAUUUCUCAGUUGGUUCGCUGCAUCACCAUCAUUCUUCCUGAUCUUUUGGUCAUUGGCUUCCCAUUGAUAAUAAACCCACUUCGAGAACCUAGCAAGGCUCGAGCUUUUUCACAUCACUGCUGCUGCAGUCUUCCGCUACUUUAGUUUUGGAAACUUGUUGGCCCCUGGUCUGUACAUAAGCAAAUUUUGCUAACUCUGGUGAAUCAUUCGCCUUUAGGAAAUGCAAUUAUUUUUCCUGGUUUCAAAUAAUCUGUUUGAUUUCCUCCGUUUUCCAGGAUUCUAUAUUUCGAUCCUAGGGAUAAAUUCGUAUAAUUUGUUUCAUGUAAUUGAUAUUCAUGAGUAAAGUUGCUUGUGGGGAAUGCUCUUCUCUGCAAGUAUUUUACUGU